ACGUCAGUGUGUCGUGUACUGACUUAAAAGGGGGGUCUACCAGUGCUGUACGCUUUUUCUCUCUUCCUAUGAUUUGGGAAAUAUGUAAAUAAAUGUUCAAAGAUUGUGUGUAAUUCAUUGGAAUUCAUGAGUAUAAAUACAGCUUUUUCAUUCAUGAGGUUGCCAUGACAACAUGUGUUGUCAAACCAGGUAGAAACUAGCUACUCCUUUCUGGUAUCAAUGGUCAAACUACUCGACAGCUAGCUAACGUUAAUGCUGCUAGCUAAACAUUUAGCUAAUUAACCUUUUAGCUGACCCCGGUAAACAGAUUUGGCGAAUGCUACCACGAAAACAUGUCAAAGAAUAAGACUGCUGGAUACAAGGGUCCUUAUGGUUAUCAAAAAAGAAGAGAGGGGGAUGGAAGAAGUUGUGUACGUUACAAAUGUGGCCUAACAAAUACCAUUCAGGAUGUCUUGCGACAAAGACCAGGCUGGAUGGAGGUCAAAGAUGAUGGAGAAUGGGAUUUUAACUGGUGUGAUGUUGGGUGGCUGAGGGAGAAUUUCGACCACUCCUACAUGGAAGAACACGUGAGGAUAUGCCAUUUCCGCAAUCAUUAUGAGCUGACGCGCAAGAACCUAAUGGUGAAAAACCUGAAGAGGUACCGCAAAACCCUUGAGAGGGAAGCUGGCCGCAUUGAAGCGUCCAAAUGUGACUUUUUCCCCCGGACCUUUGAACUACCCAGUGAAUACCACCUCUUUGUGGAAGAGUUCAAACGGAGCCCGGGCAGCACCUGGAUCAUGAAACCAGUUGCAAGAUCUCAGGGGAAGGGCAUUUUCCUAUUUCAAAAACUGAAAGACAUCAUGGACUGGAAAAAGGAUGGGAGUCGCUCAGAGGAGCAGAGAGAUGAGACUCAAGUGGAGAGCUACGUUGCACAGCGCUACAUAGAAAAUCCCUAUCUUAUCAGUGGGAGAAAAUUUGACUUGAGGGUUUAUGUAUUGGUUACAUCAUAUAUCCCACUGAAGGCAUGGUUAUAUCGAGAUGGUUUUGCCCGAUUCUCCAGCACCCGAUUCUCUCUCACCAGCAUUGAUGACCAGUAUGUCCAUCUCACCAAUGUGGCAGUGCAAAAAACAGCACCAGAUUAUGAUCCUGAAAAGGGCUGUAAGUGGCAGAUGCAGCAGCUUCGGCGAUACCUGACUGCGAGGCAUGGCACAGAGACCAUAGAGGCUCUGUUUAAGGACGUUGACAACAUAUUUGUCCGUAGCCUGCAGAGUGUGCAGAAAGUAAUCAUCAACGACAAACACUGCUUUGAGCUCUAUGGCUAUGACAUCCUACUGGAUCAGGACCUCAAACCGUGGCUGAUAGAGGUGAACGCCUCUCCCUCUCUCACCGCCAGCAGCCAAGAGGACUACGAGAUGAAGUGUUGUCUGCUGGAGGAUACCUUACACAUUGUGGAUAUGGAGGGCAGAUUGACUGGCAGAGAGAAGAGGGUUGGUGGCUAUGACCUUAUGUGGAACGAUGGACCCGUCUACAGAGAAGAUGUCAACCUAGAGACACUGGGCAGUGCCUGUUUCACUGCAAACACACACCUCGGCUGUGUAAACGACAGAAAGAAGCAACUCCGUCAGCUUCUAAAACCAUUUCCAAGCAAGAAGAGGAUAUGACACACUACCCAAAAAGAUUUUCCAAUUGAAAUCAACAAGCCUACAUAUCACCACAGUUUCCAUCAAUAUUUCAUAAAUAUGUAUUUUCUUACAACCUCACUCAGAUGGUGAGGUCACACUCACACAAUGACAUCACUCGAUGAUUCAGUGCAAAGCAUAUUUAUUUCUAUGCCUUACAAACAACUGCAUUCAACAUUGAGAAAAUAUGCACCACUUUCUGUGUGCGUGUGAAUGUUUACGACAACUCUACUCCCUGAUCUAUGGCUUAGAUACUUUACAUUAAUAUUGAAUAAAUAAAGUGCAAUUUAACACA